AAAGCCAUCUCCAAAUCGGACGGCUGUUGCAUUUUCGUUAUUUGCUGGCACAUAUGGGCCCCAUCUAAACCAGUGGAACGAACCAACUGUUAGACAAAACCCUAACCUGCAAAACAAACUACCUUCAUACCUUCUUAAUUAUACUAAAAUUCAAUCAUAAUGUCACCAGACAGACCUAAUGGAAAUGGAACCGGAAACGGAAACGGAAACGGCGUCGUAGUCCGGACGCCGGUGACGCCGGCGUCACAUAGACUAAGAUUAAACCCUAGCUCCGAUCACAGUCCGGAUAGCUACGAUGGACUGCAAUUGGAAUUUAGUCCACUUCUGUUCAGCUCGCUGGAGCGGUACUUACCUCCGUCAGUGCUAAAUCUGCCACGUGACUCUAAAGUCCAGUUCAUGCGGGACAUUCUCGUUCGCUAUUCGCCGGAGGGUGAACGCACUCGCAUUCAAAAGCAUAAAGAAUACAGGCAGAGGAUUAUGUCAAAUUAUCAGCCUUUGCACAGGGAGUUAUAUACUGUAAAUGCUGAAAACUUCUUUGUACCUUCAUUUCUCAAAGCCAUCAAUGAAAGCACAGAGCAGAGUUUCAGAAAUAUAUUGGUUGAACCCACACCAGGAGUUUAUGUAUUUGAAAUGCUUCAGCCAAGCUUUUGUGAAAUGUUGAUGUCUGAGGUGGAAAACUUUGAAAGGUGGGUUCAUGAGACAAAAUUCAGGAUAAUGCGUCCAAAUACUAUGAACAAUUAUGGUGCUGUUCUCGAUGACUUUGGCCUUGAAAACAUGCUUGACAAAUUGAUGGAUGAAUAUUUACGUCCCAUUUCAAGAUUGUUCUUUCCUGAGGUUGGAGGAUUAACUCUGGAUUCUCAUCAUGGUUUUGUUGUUGAAUAUGGAGUGGAUAGGGAUGUUGAUCUUGGUUUUCAUGUGGAUGAUUCAGAAAUCACUUUGAAUGCUUGCUUGAGUAAGCAAUUCGUUGGAGGAGACUUGUUCUUUCGUGGUGUAAGGUGUGAUAAACAUGUGAAUACUGAAACCCAGCCAGAGGAAAUUUUAGAUUAUGUUCAUGUUCAAGGGCAUGCUGUUCUUCAUCGUGGUCGCCAUCGACAUGGUGCCAGAGCUACAACUUCUGGACGUCGGGCCAACUUAAUUUUAUGGUGCAGAAGUUCAGUCUUUAGGGAGCUCAAGAGAUAUCAGAAGGAUUUUUCUAGCUGGUGCGGAGAAUGCCGGCGUGAGAAAAAAGUCAUGCAGCGUUUGUCAAUUUCUGCUACCAAAUUGGAAUUGCUGAAGAGGGACCGCAUAUCUGCAUCGUGAGUGCUUUCACCAGAAGCUUUGCUUGUAGAGCUAUGCAAUGGCAGAAAUGUGCUCGUCAUCAGCACAAAGGCAUUUUCCGUUGUAAAUUGCGACACAUUUCUUUUCUACGCUUUGCUGCUAAUGUAUGUUGGGUGCAUGGUGCCGUCUGUCAAUAUCGUGCUUGCUUAGUUAUCAUUAAAAAUUCACAUUUGACUCGUGCAAUGGUAAAGUAAUUCAGUCAUGUUUGCAGUCA